AUGGCCGACCAAGAGACACAAUUGGCCGUGGUCGCCGCCGCCGACGCGCCCCAAGACACCACCACCGCCGCCGUCGUCGCCGCCACCACCGCACCCAAGAAGAUGGUCAAGAAAGUCAUCCGAAAGAAGCGCAAGCCCGCGCGUGUCCAAAUCGACCCCUCGCUCAUCACCUCGGAGCCGCCGCCCCAGACGGGCACCAUCUUCAACAUUUGGUACAACAAGUGGUCCGGCGGCGACCACGACGGCAACGCCCAGACAAAGGCCAAAGGCCGCUGCAACAUUGCCACCGACGCUGGCUACACCAAGGCCGACAACCAGCCGGGCAGCUUCUUUUGCGUCAGCUUCGCGCGCGGCGUCUGCGCCAAGGGCGUCGACUGCGAGUACCUGCACCGCCUGCCGGGCGCGUAUGAUAUUUUCGGACCAAACAUCGACUGCUUCGGCCGCGACAAGUUUUCCGACUACCGCGAUGAUAUGGGCGGCGUGGGAAGCUUCAUGCGUAUCAACAGAACAGUGUAUAUUGGUCGCAUACACGUGACGGAUGAUAUCGAAGAGAUUGUCGCCCGCCAUUUUGCGGAAUGGGGCGAGGUCGAGCGCACUCGCGUAUUAAACCAGCGCGGUGUCGCUUUCGUCACAUAUGUCAACGAGGCCAAUGCGCAAUUCGCCAAGGAAUCCAUGGCGCACCAGUCCCUCGACCACGACGAGAUCCUCAACGUGCGCUGGGCGACGGCCGACCCGAACCCCAUGGCCCAGGCCCGCGAGGCCCGGCGCAUCGAAGAACAAGCUGCCCAGGCCAUCCGUGCCGCGCUGGGGGACGAGUUCGUCGCCGAGAUUGAGGGCCGCGACCCCGAGGCGCGCAAGCGCCGCAAGCUCGAGAGCAGCUACGGCCUCGAGGGCUACGAGGCCCCCGACGAGGUGCACUUUGCGCGCGGCGCCCACGCGGUCAACCCGCGCGGCCGCGAGGGCUUCGAGCUCGAGGACCAGCAGCGACGGAUGAUUGAGAGCGGCGACGUGUUCGCGGAGGGCGAGGCGGCGCAGGGGCAGGAGCAGACACAACAACAGGAGGAGCAGAGUGGGGGCAUCUUUUCUGGGAGUACACUGGCAGCGCUCAAUCGAGCCAGGAUCUCGGUACCGUCAAAACAAAAGACGACGGCGGCGGCGGGACCGCUUGUAUCAUAUGGAAGUGACAGCGAGGACGAUGAAUAA